AUGUGCAAACGUGCUACUCGGGCUCGACUUCGAGUCAGAUGUGUUCCUCCUCGUCAGCCAGGAGCCCCUUGUACACCUACUGAUGCUCAGAAUCCAGUUGUAAGUCCAAUCCUAAGACUGGUCGAUGCCUUCACACAAAUUAACCAGAACGGUAAUAUAUGCAUAAUGGACGAGUCCUGUACGGUAUUCAACAGGUCUAUACCUACAGGAAUCACCUUCAACUUCACAACACCGAUCUCAUGUCAAGAAGCGAUCAAUCAAGAAAUUUUAGUAGACGACGAUAUACGACAGUGUGAAGCCGAAGCCAACGUAGAACAGCCUCAAGUCAAAGUGAAAUGUGUGCAUCCGCCAGGCGCCUCACCAAGAUGCUGCUGUGAUGUCUAUAUUCGUCCUUCACAUCUCGUUGUCGCAUGCGGCUGUGAGUCGACAGCUGACCAAACAUCGAUCAGCUCUUGUUCACAAGCUUUGAUCAGUGAUGAUCUCGCAAGAUGUACAAUGUCAAAGCAGUUUUCUGCAAGUAAGUAA